UUGAGGAGCAAGCCGGAGCGCGCUCUGGGCUGUAGCUGAUUGUCUCCGAGUAGAUCUCUGCAGGAAUCCGCUUAAGCUCAGCAAGCAGACCCAGAGUCGGUUUAUUUGUUGUUUUAUUUAGUUUCUUGAGGGUUUCCCCUCCCACAUAAUCCAUCAGAGAUCUAGAGCGAGUUUAUUUAUUUUGCACUGGAAUAAAUCUAUCCGCACAGCUGCCCGGUCAUCACGACAAAGAUGUUGUCAGUCCGCACACCCCUCGCUGCCAGAAACGAGAAUGUCGUCUCUGCUCAGAUGAGCAAAGUCUGUUUGAAGGAGGACAAGGAGAACACGCCGCCUUCUUUGAGCAGCACUCGGAUCUUGGCCAGCAAAACCGCCCGCAAGAUUCUGGUGGACGCCGAUGUAACACUGAAAUCUGAACCAUCGGAUCACUCGAAUUUAAACGACGAGCCUUUACUGAAAGAGAAUCCGCGCCGUUUUGUUAUCUUUCCCAUACAAUACCACGACAUCUGGCGAAUGUAUAAAAAAGCAGAGGCGUCUUUUUGGACAGCAGAAGAGGUUGACCUCUCAAAAGAUCUCCAACACUGGGAUUCCCUGAAAUCUGAAGAGAAACACUUCAUUUCUUAUGUCCUGGCAUUCUUUGCAGCAAGUGAUGGCAUUGUAAAUGAAAACUUGGUGGAACGUUUCAGUCAAGAAGUGCAAGUAACCGAAGCUCGUUGUUUCUAUGGAUUCCAAAUUGCAAUGGAAAAUAUUCACUCUGAAAUGUACAGUCUUCUUAUUGAUACAUACAUCAAGGAUCCUAAGGAGAGGGAGUAUCUGUUCAAUGCAAUUGAAACUCUACCUUGUGUGAAAAAGAAGGCUGACUGGGCACUGCGUUGGAUUGGUGACCGUCAAGCAACAUUUGGAGAGCGAGUAGUAGCGUUUGCUGCUGUUGAAGGAAUAUUUUUCUCUGGCUCCUUUGCUGCUAUUUUUUGGUUGAAGAAACGAGGAUUAAUGCCAGGGCUAACAUUCUCCAAUGAGCUGAUCAGCAGAGAUGAGGGUCUGCAUUGUGAUUUUGCCUGUCUUAUGUUCAAGCACUUGGUACACAAACCUUCAGAAGAAAGUGUACGGUCAGUCAUUCAGGAUGCUGUCCAAAUUGAGCAGGAAUUUCUGACAGAAUCUUUACCAGUGAACCUGAUUGGGAUGAACUGCAUCUUAAUGAAACGUUACAUUGAGUUUGUAGCUGACAGACUGAUGUUGGAACUGGGUUUUCAGAAGAUCUACAAAGUGGAGAAUCCAUUUGACUUUAUGGAGAAUAUCUCAUUGGAGGGCAAAACCAACUUUUUUGAAAAGCGAGUUGGCGAGUACCAGAGAAUGGGUGUGAUGGCUAAUACAGCUGAUAAUUCAUUCACACUAGAUGCAGAUUUUUAAAUGGACCUAAAGAAUUGCAUGUGUCUGCAAAACUAGAUGGAAUAAACUUUACUUGAGUUUAUAGUCCCACA